UCCGAGUGUUCUGUUAUUUUACUAUUUAUUUUAAUUCUAACAAAUCAAAAUGAAGAUCCCUUACGUGGUUUCCAAGAACACGCGGGAAGCGUAUGCCACAGCGCCUUUGAUGAAGACGUCUGUUUCGGAGGUCGAUCGUAAAAUUGUUGCCGAAAACUUCGAGUGGGACGAUGACUUGACUCCUGCGCCGCUUACGUACUUUGCCGCCCUUGCCCUCUCUAGGGUGUUCCAUAGGAUUAAUCCCCUGAAGCGAAUCCUGCAAAAGGAUGUGGAUAUGCUCAUGGAUUUGUACCCAGCUGAUAUCCCUCUGAAAUCUUGUGUUCCUCACAUCAAGGAUGAACAAUUUUGGAAAAGAUCAUUCGCUACCAAGUUUCCAUCCAGAGUUGAACUUGGGGUAACUUUUUGGAAAGGAAAGUUCUUAUCUGCCUGUUUGCAAGACUACUUGGAGAAUGUUAAUCCCGAUGUGUUUAUUGAAGAGGACGCUAUUGAACUUUCUAAACUGGUUAGUCCGUACAUUUAUGAACUAAGCUUGAACCAAUUACAAAUGGUCCGCCAGCCCACACCACCAGUCCAUAACGAUGAAGUAGUCGAAGACACCUGUGCCUUUAGCGUGCCUAAAGUGUACGACCACAUUCCUCUCGAACCAGUAUUAAUGAGAUUGUACAACCUCCAAGAAAUAUCAUUAGUAUUCGGCCUGAGCAAUCUGGCUGACAAAUAUCAAACGAGGUUCUUUGAAUUUUCUAUGGCUGAUUGCGAGUCUUUAUGCAGGGGACUCGAAGAUUUGAGACAUUUGAGAACUUUUCGCAUUAAUAGAAGCAAUUUAGACUGCUCUAAAGUCAAAAUCAUUUUACAAAGUCUCGUGAAGAAGGAAAGUAUCGAGGAAUUGGACUUUAACCAUUGCAAAAUUGGGGAUUAUGGCAUGAAAGCGUUAGGUGGUUUUAUUUUUGUACAUAAUAACGUCAAACGAGUGCGGAUUGCCAACAACAGAUUCAAGGAGGUCGGGGUUCAAGGAAUAGCUUAUGCAUUGCAAAUGAAACCGGCGGCGCCUAUCGAAUUACUGGAUUUCAGCCUCAACCCAAUGUCGAUUGAAUGUGCAACUAUGUUUGCCGCAGCAUUUGUCCGUUGCAAAGAAAAACCCCAAACAUUAAUCGUUAACUCCUGUGGUUUCUAUGGUGCAUCUGCAGAAAAGAUGGCAGGUCUGCUUUGCCUCAACAGGGGCUUACUCAGAUUAGAUAUGGCCGCCAAUGACUUGUCCGGCGACGCGGAGAAGACCCUUAUCCGUGCGCUUGAGCAAAACAAGAAAGUUCUCAGAGUCGAUCUACGCAGAACUCAUAUAUCUGACGAGACGCAGGCAAAAGUGAACGAGUUGCUGGAACGCAAUAAGAACUUGCUUGGGCAGGAGAGAGAGCCGAGUGACGAGAUACCUCCCUUGUACCUCAACGAGCCUGAGUAUCUCAUCUGGGAGUACAAUCCAAAUAAUCCCGAUUAUAUUCCAGGAAGAUAUCCGAAAAGAGUUCCAGAAGUUUAAAAUUAACUUUCACCCAUGUUUUUACUUCUUACCGAUUCUAUUUUGAUUUGAA